AUGGCUUUCUCCUCACGACUAAAAGCCAGGCCUGAUGAGCCCGAGGAAAGCUUUGACAGUUUGACACGGAGACAAGAGGCAACAUUUGACGCAAGAAGAAAAGCUGCUGAGGAUGAAGCGAGACGAGCAGAAUAUGAAGCUGAAAAGGCUAGGCAAACAAAAUCAGGCAAACCAAAUGGUGCGAGGAGAGCUACGAGAAGCACGGGGAGCGGCAUUGGCAACCCCGAGGCCUUCGCGGGCUAUCCGCAGAGGAGUCAGCCCAGCCAGGGAUUCACAUGGAAGAAGGGAUCGGAAGUUCAGGAACCAAGAAAAGGCCUAUCAUUUGGUGGAACGCUCAAGUCUGCGGCGCCAACAGAAAAGUCGUCUUCGCGGCCGGACCAUGAUGCAUGUGAGCAGGCAAUAAGUGCCAUGAUAAGCCGUACAUACAAUGGGAUGAAAGAAGGCUUGCAGAUGCUUGGUCUUCCAGACUACCCUUUGUCGUUCGCACCAGGGCGAGAACUCAAACUGUGUGGCCACCACAUUCGAGAGGAAAUAAAUGAGAUGAUUCAUCACUGGAUGACUGAUGAGAAGGAGGACUUUUACGCUGCUCUGGCAAAGAUCAAAGCCAUAGUGUCAAAGCCAAUAUUGACACAAGAAGAGCUGGAUUUGGUAGAUGCCAAGGACGAUUGGCAAAAGACCAUUGGUCCAGAUGGCCAGGCACAAUAUACGAGGAGGCAAGAUGGAGUUUCUCUUUCAGUUGCAGAGGCAGCUGAAGACGAUGAUGAUGACGAUGAAGUCAUUGACAUUGCUCCAGAUGGAACCCGAUUGAAUGGGCGAGCUGCUGGUGCCAUGGCAAAGCCAGAGUGCGACGAAGAGGAGCUAUUGAUACAAACAGGGACACCAACCCUCUACCCAG